AUGAAAGGAAAACUUAUUUCAACACUCGGUAACCAAAUGGCUCUCUCGUUUAAUGAUCCCAUCAUAAUUGGGCAUGCUUUUGUAGAGUUCUUUGAUAAACUAUUCAUGAUUGGAACUCAAUACAUUCAUGAUUCAUUAUCCGAGAAUGUCACGACAAAG